GCCGCUCCUAGUUUCCGAAGCCGGGACUGCGGGGUUUGACAAGACGCAGCCACGAGGCGAUCGACGCGCGCUUGUCUAGCCUGUCUCGGCGCCAAGACGCUAUCGGCUUUUUAGUCCGGCUUCAAGAGGUGGGAAUACGUGCUCCAGGACGCUGCCGCAAGGCGAUCAAACUCGAACGCUCCACGUCAACGAAUGAUGCAUCCUUGAUCCGUUGUGGAAUUCGUGGACUCAGAGAAAGGAAGGAGCCUCAUACUGCAUUUCAUUUUCAAACGCAAAACUUUGUCAGCCUGCGUCAAUCCCCGAUUUGCAGGGACCGGCUCGACAUGCCACUGGGAAUAUGCAGAGAGAUGCUCUGUCGUACUUUACCUACAGUCACCGUCCCUUUGUACAUAUAUCCUGGCCCAGGGUCUUGGAACCCACUGCACGUCGCAAUCGCGACAAACCCUGGCCUGCACUUCUGUAUCAUCAUCAACCCAAGCAAUGGCCCAGGUAGUCCUGUGCCGGAUGCAAAUUACAUUGCCGAAGUUGCUCGCCUGAGAGCGCCAGCCAAUACUACGCUCUUUGGCUACGUCCAUAUGACUUGGGGUCAGCGCGACUACAAUCACGUGGUCGCGGACAUUUCCACCUGGGCAGCUUGGGCUGGCUAUCCCGAGUGCGACAUCCAUGUCGACGGCAUCUUCGUUGACGAAGCUCCAAGCAGUGUUGCGUUCCUAAAGUACAUGAAAGGUUUGAAGCAACACGCCAGAACUGUGUUUUCUGGGAACGCUAUACUUUGGACAAACCCUGGUGUUCCUGUGGACAGCGCAUUCUAUGCCGAAGCGGAUAUCAUCAAUGCUUGCGAGAACAGCCAUGAUCACUACACGCGCCAGAAGUUGAUAUCCUCUGUACCGAUGUCCUUACGCUCAAAGACCUCUUUGAUGAUUCAUCACUAUACUAGGUCGACAAAACAGCUCCGUCUGGACGUGGAAGCCUUGCUGCGAGCCGGGUAUCAUUUUGCAUUCAUUACAACUGAUGUUGGUUACACAUAUUUCUCUACAAUGUGGUUGGAUUUCAUCGCAGCUCUAGCAUCCCAGAAAAUUAGCUGCUAUCCAUAGACUUACUUCUUCUAAGCUGC